GACGCUUUGGGGUUAGGGUCAGGGUCAGGGCGGCGAGCCGAAAUGGGCAGGCCGAAGUGCUGCUUACUGUGACUGCCUGCAUGCUUGUCGUUACUCAUGUGAGUUGAGGACGUCACCCCUGGAGCUUCAGCGCUCGUCUUGUCUUACAACUUUGUCAAGACAGGAAUUCCAAGAGCGCAAUAUGUCGCUGAACCAGCUAUCCAUGCUCUUGGGUCUCCCGGACUCGGACUGCAAACAAAUUCUCGACUACGGAGCCACGCUGUCCAAGGCAGAGGCGGCAGACCACUUCAAGAACUUGCUUGGCGAUUCGCCGCAGGCCAUCGAGUUCAUCUCGUCCUUCAAUUCACGGCGACAGGAUCCAAAGCCUGCCCCUGCCCCGGGCCCUGCCCCUUCUCCCGCUCCAGACUCGCGGAAUCAGGCCUCCUCAGACUUGGACGCUGUCCCCAAAAAGCAAAGGGCGCCCAAGAAGAAGAAAGCGCCCCUUGGAACGCCAGCGGCACGCCAGAUCACAGAUGCGACCCCGGCCUCAGGAACCGUCUACAGCAAGAAGACGGUCGAGGAUGACUACAUAGCAAGCAGGUCCGGCCCGUCGACACCAUCUAACAGCAACUCACCCUUUGUGGCCCCUCCGCCAAAGUCUGCCACACCACCGCCCAAGAAAUUCAGCAAACAGCCUCCGUCCGCGGGCGGUUCCCUCGUCUCGGACCGCCUGGCACCCAAGCAGAAGCCAAAGUCAACCCCGACCUCCCGCAGCUCGACGCCCGGCCCGGCGUCCAAGGGAAAUGGCGGCCCAGUCACCAAGGUAUCGAUUGCCGGCGGCACGCCCAUGCACGGCGCCUCGACAGCCCUCGCCGACCUGGACGCAGCCAUCCGCUCGCUCGAGGUGACCACGAACCCGUCAUUAUCCACCUCCGGCCGCGACGUCUCGGCCCGCCGCUGCAACUGCGUGGCGACCCGGCACCCGCUGCAGAGCGCCGCGCCCAACUGCCUGAGCUGUGGCAAGGUGAUCUGCCUCAAGGAAGGCCUGGGUCCCUGUACGUCCUGCGGCACACCGCUCCUGUCCUCGAGCGAGGUCCAGUCCAUGAUCCAGGAGCUGCGCGCCGAGCGGGGCCGCGAGAAGCAGGCGGCAGACCGCCAGGCGCACAAGCGGGCCGACGUGUCCGCCACCCCGAGGCCGUUCACCAAGCCGCGGACGGGGGCCGACGAGACCGGCAGCGUGAACGAGGCCGAGGCGCGGGCGCUAGAGCACCGCGACAGGCUCCUCGGGUUCCAGGCCCAGAACGCCCGGCGGACGACCGUCAGGGACGAGGCGGCCGAUUUCGACGUCUCGGGCGCCAUGGCAGGGUUCGGCGGCAGCCUGUGGGCGUCGCCUGAGGACCGGGCGCGCGAGCUCAAGAGGCAGCAGAAGGUCCUGCGCGAGAUGGAGUGGAACGCGCGGCCCGACUACGAGAAGAGGCAGCAGGUCGUCAGCAUUGACUUGGUGGGCGGCAAGGUGGUCAAGAAGUUUGUGGCCAAGGAGAGGCCGGUCACGCCCGACGACGAGGAUGGGGACGGGCCACUGGGCUCCGGCGCUGCUGCCGAUGGCAUCCUAGAAGAAACCAGUGCGAACAGGCGGCCCGGGGCCGGGGGCACUUUCAGCAGGAACCCCCUUCUGGGCGGGAUGAUCAAGCCGGUCUACGAUGCAAAGGGCAAAGGGGUCGCACUUGAGGGCCGCAAGGACAGGGCCGCGACGCGAUGGAGGAGGGUCCAGGACGACCUCGACGACAACGAGGCUGUCAUCUUGGACGGCGGUGUGUACGGUGGGCAGCAGGGCGCGAAGACAGGCAGCGCAGGUGAUGAGCCCGACUGUGGAUAGACUCGAGAGGCCCCAGAAAUGAUAGACCCCUGACCGCAUGUUGCUGUCGAGAGACACACAGGAUUGUUGAGCGUCCCGUCGUGAGCCAUGCUGUCGUGCGACCUCGCCAUUGAUGGGGAUUGGAUUUCUCCGUGGCGCCAUUUUUCCUAUUCGGGACCAAAUGGCCCGAAGCCUGGCCUAGAGUCAGCCCUACGAGCGCCGCGAGCCCCACGCAAACAGAUAGGUCACUUUCUUCAGGACCCUGAUGAGUCCAAUCUGGUGGGCUAACGAGGGUGACUACCGACACGC